CGAAAGAAUAAGGGAAUCUAGUAUUGUAUUAAUAAAAUAAAAACACAAGAAUCGCAAAAGAGAAGCAGUAUUAUGCAUCGUAAAUGAAAAUUUUUGUCGUCAUAAGAAAAUUACCUAUACUUUUUUUAUUAUCUUGGAACAGGAUGGUCAUUUGUAUAAGAAUCAACAAAAACUUAAAAACAUCAUUGCGAAAGUAAUAUGUGCGAAGUAAUGGUGAAAUUGAAAGUAGUAUCGCUAAAAUAAAAACCAAAAAUUACGAAUUAAAAACAUUGUUUGUUUGUUAAUUUUUCGCGAUUUAAUAUUGUUUGUUCGAGAAAAAUAUUUUUAACAAUAGGACAGAUUGUAUUUAUACAAGACAGUAGAGUUUUGCGAAUUAAAUUCAGUGAUCGUUUGUUAAUAAAUAACUAGUGCGUAUUAAAGUCGGCGUAUCAUUGAAGAUGGAUUCAAUUUACAGCGAUGUUGACUUAUCUGGAACCAUCCUAGAACUUCUUAAGUGAGUUUUUUAAUCGGAGACUCUUUUCUUGCUUGCACGUAAUGGAUGACCUGCAAGAAGUAAAGAAGAGAUUAUAUGCCGAAAAGGCCUCCACAAACUGUGCCUUAAGAAGGCAACUUAGAAUACUAAAUUAUUUUGGAAGACUCAUAAGAGCCUUUUCAGAAUGGCUCUUAGUUAUAUUUUAAUUUUAUCACGUCAUUUAAAAUGCUUUUAUGACGAUGAGUAGAUUCCAUCUUCGAUCCCAUAUUGCCCUGCGUACACGAAUAAGAUUAUUUCAUAUUUUAUGCAUUUUUAUUAGCAAAAUCGAGAAAAGUAUAUUUUUCACUUUUUUUUUUUUUAUAAUUCAAUUAAAUUCAUAAUUUUAUUUUUAUAUAAUCAAGUUUCAUAUUAAAAUCAUAGCUACGAAAUGUAUAAGAUGACAUUUAUGAGAACCACUGAAACAGCACUGAAUAAAAGUGUGUAUGAAGCCGAAACAAACAAACGAAAAUGUAUUAAGGUUACAUUUUUGCGUAUGCAAGUAGAAUUAUUUGAAAUUGUAUAUUUUUAUUAUUAAAGUCGAGUCUCUUACAUUUUUCGCUUUUCUCUUUUUUUUUUUAAUUAAAUUAAAUUCAUACUUUUAUCUUUCCAAAGGAGUAUAUUUCUUAUUUCUAUAUAAUUAAGUUCUAUUAAAGUCAUAGUAACGAAACGUAUAAGAUAUGGCACUUGUGAGAGUCACUGAAACUACACAUAGAGUUGAAAUAAGCAUAUUUAAAUAUAUCCCGUGUUCUUCGCGUCACGAGAUUUAUUCAUGACAGACGCAGGUUAUGAAAAUGAUAAUAAAAUGUAUAGAUAUAAGAAAUAGAUCUCACGGUACUAUCGAUUUAAAAUCAACCGUGUUGAAUGCACACGGAUUUGUACAGGAGAAUAUAAAAUCUUUCAAUUGCAUAAAAUUUAGUUAGAGUUAAUAAAUGUAGUAGUUGAAAUUACUGUGCAGUUAGCGUUGGACCAGAAUUUUCACGAAGUAUAAUGUAAUGCAUAUCAUAAAAAAAAUAAUAUGUAUUAUUUUUAACAAUAAAAAGAUCGUAUAUAUUAUUUUUUUAUGAUAUGCAUUUCAUUGCAAGUAAUAUUGAGCUGAUGGUUGCUUGAUUCAUUUGCAUGAUCCAUUUGCAUCAAAAACAAAUGAAAAAUAAUGUCCUUAUCACCAAAUUUUUUUUUGUAUUUAUAUAGACAAAUUAAAAAAAAAGAAAAAACUAUAUUCCAGUAAUUUUUACAUAUAUUCUAUGUCAAUUAUAUAAAAGUUCAGUGCUCUGUAAUAAAAAACAAAAACAAAAAUAUAAUAAAAAUUAUUUAAGAAAGAAUAAAUCUUAUUACAUAUACAUUAUUGAUAAUAUUGACUAUUGACAGAAAUAUUGUUUGUAGUAGGAAUAAUUGUUUUGUAUAGUACGACAUUAUUUGAAGUGAUCCAUGCAUACAGAUACUUCACAGUUUUCAUACUGAUAAAUUGUUUCUAUUCUUUUCUUUUGAGAUAAAUAAACGACAUAACACUUUUGAGCUUUUCUUGAUGAAGUUGUUUUUAUCACUAAUGAAAAAUGUUGCCUAGUAACUUGAUAGCAAUGAUGGACUUUUUGUAACCUGUUUAAUUUUGUUUAUAUUUUUAAUUUUUUUAUAUAAUUUUAGUUUUUUUAUAUAACAAACGUACAAAUAACCGUAAAUAUUCGCGCCAACUCACAAUAUCUAAGAAUGUAACACACUUUGGUAAUAAGAUGAAUGUAACACACUUUGAUAAUGAUCAGAAAAUUUACGCAUAUAUAUAUGCUAAUAAUCGAAAUAGUUUAAAUAAACUUUAGCCAUAUAUAUAAGUUUAAUUAGAAAGAUGGAAUAUAAAGUUCGUACAGUUAACAAAUAUUUUUUAAGUAAUCUAUCUUUAUAAUUUAUACUCCUAGUUAGAAGUAUAGUCUAUAUAGAAGUAUAAUCUACACAAGCCUAUACAUCGAUACAAUAGACACAUGGUGAAGAAAAUGCUUCCCUAUUGUGUUUGUAGUUCAUAUUUCGUCCAUACCCGCUGAAGUCACUGAUGUUUCGUGCGAAAGAUGGUAAUCAGUUUGUAACCGAUCAUUUAAAACUGUAACUUUGUAUGUUUUUGAUGUAUUUUUAAAUGAUGUUGCAUGUAUUACAAAUUAAAUAAUAUUAAAAAAAAAUAUUAUGAUAUACGAUGAGUUAUCCAGAGAAAAUUAAAAAUUGUGAAUUACAAUUUUGUAUUAUUUGGCGGUAAAGCUGAAGUUAAGUUAAAUAUGCCAUAUUUGAACUUUCGUUAAUUUUUUUUUACUAGCUAGCAAUUUGCAUAAUGCUAUAGCUUCAUUAUCGGUCAAAAUGAGAAUGUACAAAGUCCAAAUAAAUUUAUAAAAAAAUUGAAUUCUGUACCUAAUAAAUACAGUGUAUUUAAUUCUGAAAAUUGUAGGUUUUUUUAAGUCAUGAUUUCCUUAAUAAAAAACAUUCAGAUUGCUUCACUUGUUUACAAUGGCAGUAGAAUUACAACACAAUUAUUUUCUACUAAUACAAAGUUACAUUUAGAAACUGAGGUAAAAGAAGUGAUCUUAAAAUAUCUUGAUGGGAAAGAUAAUGGUAUAGUAGUUCUAGGGCUAAAUCGCCCGAAUACCCGUAAUGCUUUUGGAAAAAAUCUUGUUUCGCAAUUAAAUAAUGCAAUCUCUACUAUUAAACAAGAUGAUAAAUUACGAGUACUAAUUAUUCGUAGUCUGGUACCAUUCGUGUUCUGUGCUGGUGCUGAUUUGUAUGAAAGAUUAAAGAUGAGUAAAUCAGAAGUGUCAGAAUUCGUAACAUCCUUAAGGAAUAUUAUGAACGACAUAGAGUCAAUAUCAAUACCAGUUAUAUCUGCUAUAGAUGGUGUAGCAUUAGGUGGUGGUUUAGAACUUGCAUUGGCUACAGAUAUUAGAAUAGCUGCUUUAGAGGCAAAACUAGGUCUUGUAGAAACAAAACUAGCAAUAAUACCAGGUGCCGGUGGUACUCAGAGAUUACCAAGAAUAGUUGGAUCUGCUAUAGCUAAAGAACUUAUUUACACAGCGCGUAUUUUGAAUGGACAACAAGCAAAGAAUAUUCAUCUUGUAAAUGAAGUUGUACUACAGAAUAAAAAUGGUGAUGCGGCUUAUCAAGCUGCAUUAUCACUUGCAAGAGAAAUUCUACCUAAUGGUCCUAUUGGAGUAAAACUAGCAAAAGAGGCUAUAUCAAAAGGUAUAGAAAUGUCUAUAGAAGAUGGAUUAGAAAUUGAAAAACAAUGUUACAAUAAAGUUAUAAAUACUGAAGAUAGAUUAGAAGGUCUUUCAGCAUUUACAGCAAAACGAGUGCCUAUUUAUAAAGGUAUAUAAAUUUAUGUAUUAUAGGAUAAUUAUUUGAAAUCCAACUAUGAUUGUUAUCUUUUAAAAUCUAUAACUGAAAGAAUGAAUUUGUGGGGAUCAAUAUUUAUAUGAUACUUUUGCAUC